UCAAAAUUGUAAAUUUCGAGGUUCGCCAUUUUUCUCUCACCUUUUCUGAACAGGGGAUUUUGCAAAGCUCCAGCUGAGUCAAGAGACAAGUUUACAAGGAAUCAGGAUGUCGGAAACACUAACGUUUGGACCGGAGUGGCUUCGCGCAUUGUCAAGUGGAAACAGUGUUACAUCCCCUCCCCCCUCCCCUGGGCCUAAGUACAAACUUGCUGAACACCGGUAUGGAAAGGAGGAGAUGCUGGCAUUGUUCAGUGAAGAUGUCGAGAUGCCAAAAGAACUGGAGAUGUUUGACUCCAUCUGCAGAAACAGACCAGUGCUUCCUUUAGCUUUUCAACCUCUUACAGAAGAAGAGCAGAGGAACUCUGUUGGAUCUGUAAACAGCAAUGCGGUGUUGAAGUUAAUGGGUCGGGGCGGGGUGCGAGGUGUUGGCCCUCCAAGAGGGCCAGGACGUGGAGGUUUAAGAGGUAACACAUGUUAUAAGAUAAUAAAGGAACAACAUCAUAUUAAUCUUUAAUAUAUUAAUGUAUUGUGUGGAAGACUGGUGAUAGAGUAUAUAUAUGUUAUUUGCUGGCUGGGAGGUCAGUAUGGUGAAAAACUGUGACCGAGGUCUUGAAAAUGCUGCCUGAGGCCGCAGGCCAAGGGCAGCAUUUUCGAGCCCAAGGUCACAGUUUUUCACUAUACGGACCGACCCUAAGCCGGCAAAUAACAUGUUUUAUUUUCUCCCGCAGUAAAUUGGUUUUACAGAUUACAAAUGGGUUUGUUUACUCAACUCUUGUCACUGAAUCGGCUUCCGCGCUGUCUACUAACGAUUUGUAAAAAAUCUCAGCAACAUGCGAGUAACUCAGAUAUAGUAGGCAAAGAGAGAUGUAUUAAAGAGCAGAUGUUUUUUGAACUACUUUAUGUUAGUUGCAUUUAUUUCACCAGUUAAGUUCUCCAAAAUUGUUUUU